AAAGACCCUAGCUCCUUCAACGAGUACCCGUUGUUGGACUACCCCGAUAAACCACAGCCCCCUUUGCCUGACCUUGUGAGCGACGAGUACGACAGACAAAGACGCAACGAAAAGAACAGAUUGAAACAGCUUCGCCGCAAACCCAGAUUUCACUACACAAGACUUCCGUAUCUCACCAUCCUAUUUAGCACCAUCCAAGUCAUCGUCUUCAUUGUGGAGCUUGUCAAAAUGUCACAGCUUACGGGUUCGGCAUUUCAAUCCAAGCCCUACUUCAAUCCCAUGCUUGGGCCAUCCACUUACGUGCUCAUCAACAUGGGUGCUAGAUACGUGCCGUGUAUGCAUCAGAUCGAGGGGAUCACCGACGACCCUUCCAUAGCCUUUCCCUGUGCCAACUCCACCAACGUUGACACCAACGUGUGCUCCUUGAAUGAAUUGUGCGGUCUCGGGGGCUUCCCACUAGUGGACGACAAAUACGUGCCUGAUCAGUGGUACAGAAUUUUUAUCCCUAUCUUCUUACAUGCUGGGUUUCUCCACAUUAUCUUCAAUUUGUUAUUACAGGUGACUAUGGGUUCCACUAUCGAGAGAAAUAUUGGGUACAUCAAGUAUUUCAUUGUCUACAUGCUAAGCGGAAUCGGCGGGUUUCUUUUGGGAGCCAACUACUCACCUGAUGGAAUCGCCUCUACUGGAUGCUCUGGCGCUCUUUUUGGGAUUAUGGCCACCAAUUUGAUAAUGUUUGCAUACGCUGGUCGCAAAAACUCUAACAUAUACGGUACCAAACACUACGCUUUAUUCAUCUGCAUUAUGGUCAUGGAAAUUAUAAUAUCGCUCGUGUUAGGUUUGCUCCCAGGAUUGGAUAAUUUUAGUCACAUUGGUGGGUUUGCCAUUGGUAUUCUCACAUCCGUUUUGCUUUUGCCAGACCCAUUUUUUGUGUACAUCGAUGGAAUAAUCACCUACAACGCCACAGAUAAUACGUGGCAGCAAGUCAUAAAUAACUGGAACCCUUUUCAUCACUUUGAUGAUAAAAUACCUGUCAGAUUUUACAUAUGGUGUGUCACCAGAGUUGCCGCUUUAGCUUUGAUUAUUGUCUAUUUCACCACAUUGUCCAAGAAUUUUUUUAAUGGUAAACUCAACAACCCUGAUGAUAAUAACUGCAAAUGGUGCAAGUAUAUCAACUGUAUUCCAGUUCAUGGAUGGUGUGAUAUCGGUGAGGUGACAGUGCUGACUUCUGGACCGUCUGCAACCAGCCCCCCCUUGGGAGAAGCUUCUGCAACCGAUAUACCAUCCACUCCUACCAAUACCUUACCCUCUAGUAUUGAAAAUGGCGGCGAGAGAAAAAGAAGACAAUAUAAAUCAGAUUUUCUCAGCACAUUCCAAAAAGAACCAGUGAGCCCACCACAAAUAUCGAGUCUGGAAUCAUUCAUCCAGAACCAAUCGGUGGGGCUUGGACUCUACAUCAUUAUUGCAUUUUUUACAUUUUCAUUUUUGAAGAAGAAA